UCUCAAUCUGCCUUAUAACGAGAGAGAGAGAGAGAGAGAAUAAAAGAAAAAGAAGAAAAAGCGACGGAUGUAACUGACGUCCUGAGCAGGUUAAAGGAGAGCGCCCAUUCCAUCCUCCCAUAAACUCAGAAGAUGCAUACAGUAAAAUACUUUGACGAUCACUGCUCCUAUUUCCCUUGUUGUUGAAAUGGAUGCUUUAGAAUCAUUUCAAGUUGAGGGCAGCGAGGUUCAAGCCGAACCCGUCCUGGUGUCUGUCCUAGCCCUGUCUGUGCUCAGAUGCCUCCCUAAAGCCACCUUCAGCUCGGUGCGUCUGUGACCGCCGUUAAGCAUCCUUGGCAAGUCUGGUUUUCAGCUGGCCUUGGCCCAACUCCUGGACUCCAAGCAGAGCCUGAGAAGCCCCGAGGAAUCAAAGAUUAAUUCGGUCCAGCCGACUCCGUUCACCUCCCUCCAAGCCCGCCCCCACCGGAGGCCGGGCCGGCGUCUCACGCAAGGGAGCCCCUGGCUGCAACCCGAGACCUGUUCGUCUGCCUGCAUUCCGCCCCGUCAUGGCUCUGCCCAGCGCCCACAGAGCGCCCCAGAGACUGAGAUGAGCCCCGGCUCUGCCGAGUACGGAGUGAAUGGCGUCCCAGCCUUAAAGCUGCGACAAGGGCAGGAUGGAGGAUGAACACGAGCCACCCUUACAGCCUCGGACCCAGACUCAGGGCAGGAUCCUGUUCCUGACCGUCUGUGCAGCUGGCAUCGGUGGCACUUUUCAGUUUGGCUACAACCUCUCCAUCAUCAAUGCCCCGACCCUGCACGUUCAGGAAUUCAUCAAUGAGACGUGGCUGGCACGGACCGGUCGGCCACUGCCCGACCACCUGGUUCUGCUUGUGUGGUCCCUCAUCGUGUCCCUGUACCCUCUGGGGGGCCUCUUUGGAGCACUGCUUGCAGGACCUCUGGCCAUCACGCUGGGAAGGAAGAAGUCCCUCCUGGUGAAUAACGUCUUCGUGGUGGCCUCAGCGGUCCUGUUUGGCUUCAGCCGCGAAGCAGGCUCCUUUGAAAUGAUCUUGCUGGGACGGCUGCUCGUGGGCGUCAGCGCAGGUGUGAGCAUGAACGUCCAGCCCAUGUACCUGGGGGAGAGCGCCCCCCAGGAACUCCGCGGCGCUGUGGCCAUGACCUCCGCCAUCUUCACAGCUCUGGGGAUCAUGCUGGGGCAGGUGGUCGGAAUCAGAGAGUUCCUGGGUGGCCCGCAGGCCUGGCCCCUGCUGCUAGCCAGCUGCCUGGUCCCCGGGGUGCUCCAGCUCUCCACCCUGCCCCUGCUCCCCGAGAGUCCGCGCUACCUCCUCAUUGACCGUGGAGAUGCCGAGGCCUGCCUGGCAGCGCUGCGGAGGCUGCGAGGCACCCAGGACGUGGCUGCGGAGAUGCGGGAGAUGGAGGAGGAGCGCGCGGCCUGCCGCGGCCGCUGUGCCCGGCGCCCGUGGGAGCUGUUCCAGGAUCGCGCCCUGCGGAGGCAGGUGAUGAGCCUCGUGGUGCUGGGCAGUGCCAUGGAGCUCUGCGGAAAUGACUCGGUGUACGCCUACGCCGCCUCUGUGUUCCGGGAGGCGGGAGUGCCGGAGGAGAAAAUCCAGUACGCCAUCAUCGGGACUGGGAGCUGGGAGCUCAGACCCAGCGGCUUAAGCCUCACACUGAUACGUUGCGCGGCCAUCGAGAGGGUGGGCCGGCGGGGGCUGCUCGUGGGCGGGGACUGCCUGAUGACCUUCUGGGGGGCCAUCUUCACGUGCCUGCAGACCUCUGUCCCGUGGGUGCCCUACCUGGCCAUGUCCUGCAUCUUCGCCUUCAUCCUCAGCUUUGGCAUUGGCCCGGCCGGAGUGACCGGGAUCCUGGCCACAGAGCUCUUCGACCAGACGGCCCGGCCUGCGGCCUACGUGGUCUGUGGGGCACUCAUGUGGGCCAUGCUCUUCCUGGUGGGGCUGGGUUUCCCCUUCAUCAUGGAGGGCUUGUCCCACUUCCUCUAUGUGCCUUUCCUUGGCGUCUGUGUCUGCGGGGCCGUCUACACUGGCUUGUUCCUCCCCGAGACCAAAGGCAAGACCUUCCUGGAGAUCUCCGAGGAACUGCACAGACUCAAUUUCCCCAGGCGGGCCCCUGGCCCUGCAUGGAGGGGCCCAGAGGUCAUCCAGUCCACAGAGCUCUAGCUGCAAGGCCGCCGCUGCCUGCUCCUGACUUCCUGCCGAGGGCCUUGGCACCUGGGGCCAGCAGAUGGCGAAGCUGUUAUGUCGCUGGACUUCUACAUGGCCAAUCUCAUGGCUUGAAACUCACACG